UGCUCUUCAAGAAAUUAUUAGUACAAUGGGUGCAACCUACUGGAAGUUUGAUGGAAACUCUUGUCAAAUUGAAAUGGUGGGGUUGACACCAGUGUCACCCAGUGGAUCACAGAGCAGCAUUGGUUGUAAAUGUUUUUCGGAAAAUGGCACUAACUGUCAUGUUGUGAGCAUUUCGCUCAAGGGGUACAGCCUUCCUGGUGUGCUUCCACCUCAAUUGGUCAAGCUUCCUUACCUUAAAGAAGUUGAUUUUGCUCUCAAUUACCUAAAUGGUACAAUCCCUAAGGAAUGGACUUCAAUGAAUUUAUCUUCAAUCUCUCUUCUUGUGAAUCGUUUAUCUGGGGAAAUUCCUAAGGAGCUGGGAAAGAUGACGUCUCUAACAUACCUGUGCCUUGAAUCAAACCAAUUUUCCGGUCUUGUUCCCUCUGAGCUUGGAAAUCUUGUUAACCUGCAGACAUUGAUUCUGUCAUCCAAUAAACUUUCAGGACAUUUACCAGUAACAUUUGCUCAAUUAAAGAACUUGACAGAUUUUAGGAUAAAUGAUAACAAUUUCAGAGGAACAAUUCCUAAUUUCAUCCAGAAUUGGAAACUACUUCAACGACUAGAAAUGCACGGAAGUGGACUGGAAGGACCUAUCCCAUCAACCAUAUCUCUUCUAAGUAAUUUACUUCAACUGAGAAUUAGUGAUAUAGGUGGUCCAAGUCAGGAGUUUCCUUCCCUAAGCAACACGACAGCACUGAUAAAAUUGGUUUUAAGAAAUUGCAAUAUUACUGGGGAGCUGCCUGCCUACAUCUGGACGAUGCAGGACUUGGAAAUGCUGGAUCUCAGUUUUAAUAAGUUAGUUGGGGAAAUUGCAACAACUGUCAAUGCAAAGCAUCUUAAAUUCGUCUUUCUGACGGGCAAUAUGCUAAGUGGAAAUAUACCAGACUCAAUCUUGAAGGCUGGAAGCAACGUUGAUCUUUCUUACAACAAUUUUACACCAAGUCCUGAGCAAUCUGCUUGUCGAGAUAACCUGAAUUUAAACCUAAAUUUGUUUCAGAGCUCCUCAGGGCCCAAUGAUUUAAGGAGAGCUCUGCCAUGCACGAAGAAUUUCAGUUGCCCAAGAUAUUCAACUUGUUUGCAUGUUAAUAGUGGGGGAAAGGAUGUAACUGUGAAAGAAAAUAAAGAACAUUUUCUCUACGCGGGAGAUGGAGAUUUGUCAGGCGGUACAGCAAAAUUUUAUUAUGAUUCCAGCAGUUACUGGGGUUUCAGCAGCACUGGGGACUUCAUGGAUGACAAUGACUUCCUGAAUACACGUUACACUGUAUUUCUGGAAUCCUCAGAUGUGCCUAAUAUAUAUGCAACAGCUCGUAUCUGCCCAAUUUCGCUAACUUAUUUUCACUAUUGCUUGGAAAAUGGCAACUAUACUGUAAACCUGCAUUUUGCAGAGAUACAAUUUACAAAUGAUAAGACAUAUAAUAGUCUUGGAAGGCGCAUAUUUGAUAUCUAUGUUCAGGGAAGAUUAGUUCGUAAGGAUUUCAAUAUUGAAGAUGAAGCGCAUAUGGCUCGAAAGCCAAUUAAGAUACCAGUAUAUAAUGUUCAUGUAACAGAUAAUGUCUUGGAUGUUCGAUUCUAUUGGGCUGGCAAAGGGACUACAAGAAUUCCUAGCAGUGGAGUUUAUGGUCCCCUGGUAUCAGCUUUAUCUAUUGUUUCUGAGUCUAAACGUUGCUCAGAUGUCCGAAAAAGUGGAAGUGCUAAUAUGACAAUUGGAGUUGCAGUUGGAGUUGGGGCUUUCUUCUUAAUACUAUUUACAGUGGGACUCUUUUGGUGGAGAGGCCACUUCAGAGGAAAAUCUGGGAGGAAAAAAGGUGCCGAAGGGCUAGAUUCCCAUAUGGGAACAUAUAGCCUGAAACAGAUAAGAGAUGCCACUGACGACUUCAGUCCUGAUAACAAGUUAGGGGAAGGCGGUUUUGGUCCUGUCUAUAAGGGGCAGUUAUCUGAUGGUACUUGGGUAGCAGUCAAACAACUUUCUUCCAAGUCCCGGCAAGGGAAUCGUGAAUUUUUAAAUGAGAUAGGCAUGAUAUCUUGUUUUCAACACCCUAAUCUUGUAAAGCUUCAUGGGUGUUGUAUUGAAGGGGAUCAACUAUUGUUGGUUUAUGAGUACUUGGAAAAUAAUAACCUUGCCCGUGCUUUAUUUAGCCGAAGAAAUCAGCUUAAACUUGAUUGGCCUACAAGGCUUAAAAUCUGUAUUGGCAUAGCAAAAGGUCUUGCAUUUCUCCAUGAAGAAUCAGUACUCAAGAUUGUUCACCGAGACAUCAAGGCCACUAAUGUGUUAUUGGAUGGGAAUUUAAAUCCUAAGAUAUCUGACUUUGGAUUGGCUAGGCUCAAUGAAGAGGAGACCCAUAUUACUACCCGAGUGGCUGGGACUAUAGGAUAUAUGGCACCAGAAUAUGCAUUAUGGGGUUACCUCACAUACAAGGCGGAUGUUUACAGUUUCGGAGUUGUGGUCUUGGAAAUUAUUAGUGGGAAAAGCAACAGCGAUUAUAUGCCAAGUGAUAAUUGUGUUUGUCUUUUGGAUUGGGCAUGCCAUUUGCAUAAAACUGAAAACAUGAUACCACUGGUUGAUGAAAGGUUGGGAUCUGAGGUGAACCCAAAAGAAGUUGAAGUCAUGGUGAAAGUAGCUCUUCUCUGCACUAAUGCAUCACCAUCGCUUAGGCCAUCGAUGUCUGAAGUUGUGAACAUGCUCGAAGGAAGAAUAAGCAUUCCUGAGGUUAACCCAGAGCAAAGUGCUGGUGAAGAUUUGAGGUUUAGAGCCUUAAGGGACAUUCAAAAGCAUAGAGAAAGUCAGAGUGCGAGCACAAGCCAAACAGAAAAUUCAACUGAUGCCAUUGUAAAUAGCUCUUCCUUAACAUCCGACCAUGAUUUACACGGGAUACGCUCAGAACCAUGAUACAACAUGAGUGAGCCUUUAUGAUCUUGGAGGAAAUGACCAAAAUUCUUUUAACAGAUAGCAGACAAAUUCUAGUUCUAUCCUGAUAGUUCUCGAGUUUUGACAGUUUAUUCACAGGACAAAGGUGAGUAAUUCUUAUUGAAUGAAAUUUCCCCAUAUACUGGGGAGGGUGUAUGUAAGGAAUUUUACACUUUUCAUGGUCGCUCUUUAGUAUUAACUAUUCUGUAUAGUUGUAAAGUGCUGUUCUAAGCAUUUGAUUCAAUUGCAUGUAAUUAAAAACGCCAGUACAAAUAAUUUGCUUCAACACUACAGUGAGUCUUAAUAUC